AUGUGUAAACAGAAGCAAAAAGAGAUGGAAGAGGAAAUAGAACAGGAGAGAGAGAUGGAAGAAAAGCAGGAAGUGAUUAAGGAAGCAGAGGAAGAGUACAGGGAAAGAGAAGAGAGAGGAAAGGAAGUAAGCAUGAAGAAACAUGUAGUAGUUAAUGUUAAAGCAAAAGCACGGGAAGUCUUCAAUAGGCGUAAAGAGAGGAGGUUAGAAGUGUUGAAGGGGGAACGAGAACACAUAGAAAGAGGACAACAAAUCAGGAGGGAGAAGGAGGAAAGACGGCUGGAGAUGGAAAGAAAACAGGAGAGGGCAAGACAACAAGAGGAGCAGGAUAAAAAACGAGAGAUUGAAAUUGCUAGACAGAAAGAAAUGUUGAGACUAAGAGAGGAGGAGAGGCAGAGAGAGGAAGAGAGAGAGGAGGAGAGAAAGAAAGCCAUUAAAUGCCUUUUAUCUUUAAUCAGAGAGAGAGAAGAAAUAAUACAGGCAAAAAAAAGAGAGGAGAUGGUGGAAGAGGAAAGAAGGGAGAUCCUUGAGUACAAGAGGGGUGAGUUAGAGGAGGAGGAAAAAGAAGAUGACAAGGAGGACAUUCUCCCACCCGAUAAAAGUAUCCGAAGGAGAGCCGUGGGCUGGGUGAAUAAAAAAUGGGAGAAGAGGAACCUCAGAAAGAUAGAGAGAACGUAUCAGAGAGAGGCUGAGGAGGGCCAUAAGAUCGUCCACAUAGCCAUCCCUGGACACACAAGGCUAACAUCCACCAUGACCCGGGCAGAGAGAGAGAGGGAGAAGAGGAAGGAGCUGCUGAAGGCUGAGGAGAGAAGGAAGAAGAUGGAGGAUUUCAAUAAGCAGUGGAGAGAGCGGUCCCUGCUUAAAAAACAGACUCAUCAACAACUGAAGGAGGAGAGGGAGAGGAUGAAGGAAAACUACCUGGAGCAGAUGAAUCUGGAGGCUGAUGCUCAAAUCAACAACCGGUGUCUAACCACCCAACACAGCCACGAUUACAACCACGGUCAGGAGUUGCCCUGGGUCGCCACAGGCCAACAAGUAAGCCAAGAGCCCACUGGAUCUGCUGAUGGCCACCAGGAAAGGCCAAGGAGGCAACAGGCAUGGGCAGAGAACCAGGAGGGGAGUUCAGAGAACCAGCAGGAGGGGCCAGAGAACCAUCAGGGGGGGCCAGACAGCCAGCAGCUAGAAGCUCCAGAAGAGGUUGAAACAUCAGAGCGAAUAUCCAAGACAAAGAAAAAGCCAAGCAUCUGGAAGAAAAUUAGGAUGAGUCAACAAGUGAUGAGCCAGAUCAACCAAUCAACGUCACUGCAGCUGUUCUACCCACCACCCCCACUGCUCUUCCUCCACCACCAACCUCAUCCUCUUCUCCUGUUCAACUCAUUUGUCGCCCCACUAGAAAGGACUAGUGCAUACAGUUGAUGUCGGAAGUUUACA